CGCCCCCUGAGCGCAUCCACACACCAUGUCCACGUCGACCUUCGACGCCCUCAUCGCAGAUUUGACAAGGGAGGUGCAUCGUGCUCAGCCAAAAGAUGCACUCCAGUUCUGCGCCAACUGGUUUCAGGCCCGCCUCGAGGAGCAGCGCACCCGCACACGCGACAUCGUCGUCUCUCGCGUGCUCAGCUUUGCUCGCGACCUCCCAACCGAUCUCUUCAUAGAUACACCCCUCACCCACAGCAGCUCCCCCGCUCCACCCGAUCUCUAUGCCCCUUCCGCACGUCGCGGUUCAUCCUUCCCAAACACAUUCUCACAGAGCCCUUUCGGUACACUCAAUGUGCCGGGCAAUGCAUUAUUGGCCACAGACACGAGCCCGUCGCCCGUUGGCGGUAUGCCGCCGCCCGCGAUCCGCGAGCUCCCGCCUACAUCACCUCUUACUGCUGACCCGAACCCAUUCAGAUAUGAGCCCACAACUGCUACACCCACACUCUCUAGCAACCUCACUUUGAAACCGGGUGACUAUCUCCAUCCUCCUUCAUCCGCCAUAUUUCAGCGUCGGACGUCUGUUAGCGCCGAAUCUAUCGCCGUUGACAGUGGGCAUGACGAGCCUCUGCCCGUUUACCCCAAAAGCGAUGAACAGCUACGCCGCAUCAAGAACUCCAUCGCUAAACAGUUCCUCUUCCGCGACCUCGAUGAAGAGCAGGAGACAGGCGUCCUGAAUGCAUUGCAAGAACGGCACGUCAAGUCGGGAGAAGUCGUCAUCCGCCAGGGAGAUGUUGGCGAAUAUUUCUAUGUUGUCGAAUCUGGUCUGUUUAACUGUUACGUCCGGCAAGAUCCUCUGCCACCCCAUUUCAUGACUGGGAACUCGUCCCCGCGGAACGCGCCGUCGGAGACGUUUGUUCAGCCAGGAUACCACCCUGAAUUCGGCAGAAAGGUUGCAGAAUGCAAGUCAGGGGACCAGUUUGGCGAACUGGCACUGAUGUACGGACACCCGCGUGCAGCCACAGUACAGGCAAUGGAGGCAUCGACGUUGUGGUCACUCGAUCGGAUUACGUUCCGAACGAUCAUUCUCAAGGCCGCGCACAGGCGGCGAACUAUGUACGAACAAUUUUUAUCGAGUGUGCCGUUGCUGGCUUCGCUGGAACCCGGCGAGCGGAGCAAGAUUGCGGAUGCACUGAUUAGCAAAGUGUACCCUGACGGAGAGGCGGUGUUGCGACAGGGAGAGAUGGGAGACACGUUCUUCUUCGUGGAAGAGGGCGAAGCGAUUGUUACCAAGUCGCAGGUUGGAGAGGAGGGAGAAGUGCGGGAGAUAACCGUCGGGAGGCUCAAGAAAGGAGAUUACUUUGGAGAGCUAUCUUUACUUCGAUUGGAGCCUCGGGCAGCGACUGUGAGUGCUGUGCGACGCCAGAACGCCAGCGAGUCGAGGUUGAAAGUGGCGGCGUUGGACGCGCCUGCGUUCACCCGACUGCUUGGACCAUUGCGGGAGAUCAUGGAACGGAACGCCGGGGAAAGCUAUGGACGGUAAAGGACCGGGUGAAUGCAGACAUGAAGAGGUACAAUAGGCGUAUGUAUGGCAGACCGGCAGGGAAAAGCGAGACAAAUGUUAGCGAUACUGCCAUUGUUGUACAACUGUCGUAUGGUUUUUGUGAUUCCGCUCCACAAAGUGUGGCAUACCACGGCAGGCCGAGUCGCGAUGCCAACAAAGCUGAUUUUGAC